AUGGCCCCACGCCGAAGUGGAGGCUCACAAACGACCAUACCCCUGCGAAGGCCCAGGAAAGUGCAUGAUCGAGAUGAGGCCGCGUGUCUACGAGCAGUCGCUAAACUUGGACUGGAGACCACCAAACAGCUACGUGCGGACUGGGAUUCGUGGGACACUGGGUAUGGUGCUAGUGACGCCGAAAGUACGCCCAAGUUCCAGUCGAAGCGCAAGCCAGGCCGGCCAAAGAAAAAGAAGCCCACCGUGAAACCUAACCAACCCUCCAUUCUACAGUUUUUUUAG